AUGAUUUCACCAGCAAUCAGUUCUCUCCCUGAACUGGUUGAGGUUAACCUCCAAAACAACCAGCUCAUUGGCAAAAUACCGAUUCCAAGACAUGUAAAAUUCAUUUACGGACCAGGAAAUCAGUUACUUGGACAGAGGCCAAGAGACAAUGGAAUGAGUAUUUGGAUAAUCAUUGCAAGUAUAGUCGGAGGAGUACUUGUCUUGAUCACCAUCAUUAUCCUGGUUUACAUGUAUCAAUUCAAGAAAUCUUGUGUGGGAACAUUGGCACAUCAUUUGUUUCAGUGGAGUAACAGUGGUUAUACCCCUUUGACAUGGAAUGAGAUGAUAUUUAUAGGAUUGGCUAUCGCACGGGGAAUUCAGUAUCUACAUGGUCUAGCUAGAAAAAAUUAUAUCCAUAGAGACUUAAAGCCUUUAAACGUACUUUUAGGAGAUGGCAUGAGACCAACGAUCUCUGAUUUUGGUUGUAUGAAGCUCAUACAUGAGGGAAUAGACUUAGUUGAGACAACGACAGUGCUCGGGACCUUCGGUUAUAUUGAUCCACGUUAUGUUGUACUAAGAGGGUUACAAAAAGGCGGAUGUUUAUGUAUUUGGGGUCAAGGGAAGAAGAAACCAUUGAGACCGUCAGGAAGAUUGCUAAAUUGGCCGAAUACUGCACAUCUCAAGAGGUUAAAAGUCACCGAAUAUGUUUUAAACAUUGAAUUGGAUGGUUCCUCUUGUGGAACUUUUGGAGCCACGACUCUUCUAGAAAAAAUGCAUAGGUGGAAAACUGAAGCAGGCGGAGGAACAUCUAUGGCUUUCUAUGGAACAUUUGGCAAGGCUUUGAUCAAGCAAUUUGCUGUUGUGGUCAUGGUAAAAUGCUCCUCGAGCGGCACCUCCUCCAUUGUGUUUGCAGUUGGUCACAAGAUACCAAAACCCUUAACGCCAAACAAUUCUCCGGAUUGCCACUGUAUGCAGAGACAGUUCUAUGAGCUCAUAGGUUCGUCUUGA